CCGUUGGGAGGCGGGCGCGAAGGGAUGGUUCAGCCUUGCCGGCGCCUGGCCUGGACCUUUCUUGUGGGUCGCUUUCACCCAACCUCCCACAUACUGCGCUGUGGAUGCGCAUUCGGGCGUUUCCAGCAGGGUCUGCACCUUUAUGUUCACAGAAGAUAUUUGAAGAGCAGACACUAUGUGAACAUCACUGUGGUGUUUACCUUGUUUAUCUAUAGUCUUGGUGUUUCUCCUGAGCACUUGGUUCAACCUAGGUUGCUAAGUCUUUGGGUUUUCCUCCAGAUUUCUGCUGUCUCUGGAUCCAGCCUCUCUGCUUGGCAUUCUCAGGACUCUGACCUUUUGGAGGAAGAAGACGAUAUGACCAGGUCUCUUUGUCUAGAAAUACAGCAAACAGUGACGUUUAAGGAUGUGGCUGUGGACCUCACCCAGGAGGAAUGGCAGCAGCUGAAACCUGCUCAGAGGAACUUGUACCGGGAUGUGAUGCUAGAGAACUACAGCAACCUAGUCACAGUAGGUUAUCAAGUCACCAAACCAGAUGUGAUCUUCAAGUUGGAACAGGAAGAGGAGCCAUGGGUGAUAGAGGAAGAAAUGCUUGGGAGGCACUGUCCAGAAGUUUGGGAAGUUGAUGAACAACAGAUCAAGAAGCAACAGGAAGCACUUGUGAGGAAAGUCACAUCCAUCUCCAAGAAAACUCUGAUUAAGGAAAAUGUCAUUGAAUGUAAAAAAGUUGCAAAAAUAUUUCCUUUGAACUCAGAUAUUAUUACUUCAAGACCAAACUUCUAUGAAUGUGACUCAUUUGAUAAAGAUUUGGAACAUAAUUUAGACUUACUUAGUUAUGAUAAGGACUGUAUAAGAGAGGAAAAUUAUGAAUAUAAUAAAUACAGGAAGCCAUUUUACCCUUGCUCAUCCCAUGUUCUAACCCCCUUUAAGUGUAAUCAGUGUGGACAAGACUUCAAUCAUAGAUUUGACCUCAUCAGACAUGAGAGAAUUCAUGCUGGAGAGAAACCCUACGAGUGUAAGGAAUGUGGAAAAGCCUUCAGCAGGAAGGAAAAUCUUAUUACACAUCAAAAAAUUCAUACUGGGGAGAAACCAUAUAAAUGUAAUGAAUGUGGAAAAGCUUUCAUUCAGAUGUCAAACCUUAUUAGACACCAGAGAAUUCAUACAGGGGAGAAACCUUAUGCAUGUAAGGAUUGUUGGAAGGCCUUCAGUCAGAAAUCAAAUCUCAUUGAACACGAGAGAAUUCAUACUGGAGAAAAGCCCUAUGAAUGUAAAGAAUGUGGAAAAUCCUUCAGCCAGAAGCAAAAUCUUAUUGAACACGAGAAAAUUCAUACUGGGGAGAAACCUUAUGCAUGUAAUGAAUGUGGUAGAGCCUUUUCUCGAAUGUCAUCUGUUACUCUACACAUGAGAAGUCACACAGGGGAAAAACCCUAUAAAUGUAAUAAAUGUGGAAAAGCCUUCUCUCAAUGUUCAGUGUUUAUUAUACAUAUGAGAAGUCAUACAGGUGAGAAACCCUAUGUAUGUAGUGAAUGUGGGAAAGCAUUCUCUCAAAGUUCAUCCCUUACUGUACAUAUGAGAAAUCAUACAGCUGAGAAACCCUAUGAAUGUAACGAGUGUGGAAAAGCCUUCAGCAGGAAAGAAAAUCUCAUUACACAUCAGAAAAUUCACACUGGAGAGAAACCGUAUGAAUGUAAUGAAUGUGGGAAAGCUUUUAUUCAGAUGUCAAACCUCAUUAGACACCAGAGAAUUCAUACUGGUGAGAAACCUUAUGCAUGUGCAGUAUGUGGGAAAGCCUUUAGUCAGAAAUCAAAUCUCACUGAACAUGAGAAAAUUCAUACUGGAGAAAAACCUUAUCAUUGUAAUCAAUGUGGAAAAGCUUUCAGUCAGAGACAAAAUCUCCUCGAACAUGAAAAAAUUCACACUGGAGAGAAACCAUUUAAAUGUAAUGAAUGUGGUAAAGCCUUCUCUCGAAUCUCAUCCCUUACUCUUCAUGUGAGAAGUCAUACAGGAGAGAAACCUUAUGAAUGUAAUAAAUGUGGAAAAGCCUUCUCUCAAUGCUCAUUACUUAUUAUACAUAUGAGAAGUCAUACUGGUGAGAAACCCUUUGAAUGUAAUGAAUGUGGGAAAGCAUUCUCUCAAAGAGCAUCCCUUUCUAUACAUAAGAGAGGUCAUACAGGUGAGAAACCUCAUAAAUGUAGAGAAUGUGGGAAAGCCUUUCAUUCUGGCUCACAACUUCGUCAACAUCAAAAGAUCCACAUAGGUGAGAAACCCUAUAAAUGUAAGGAGUGUAGGAAGGCCUUUCCGUCUACUUCACAACUUAAUUUACAUCAGAGAAUUCAUACAGAUGAGAAAUACUAUGAAUGUAAAGAAUGUGGGAAAGCCUUUACCCGACCCUCACACCUCCUUCGACAUCAGAGAAUCCAUACUGGUGAGAAACCCCACAAAUGUAAGGAAUGUGGGAAAGCUUUUCGUUAUGACACGCAACUUAGUCUUCAUCAGAUAACUCAUACUGGUGAAAGACGCUAUGAAUGUAAGGAAUGUGGGAAGGUAUAUAGUUGUGCCUCACAACUGAGUCUGCAUCAAAGAAUUCAUACUGGUGAGAAACCUCAUAAAUGUAAGGAAUGUGGGAAAGCUUUUAUCUCUGAUUCACAUCUUCUUCGACAUCAGAGUGUUCAUACUGGUGAGAAACCGUAUAAAUGUAAGCAGUGUGGGAAAGCCUUUCGUCGUGGCUCAGAACUUACUCGACAUCAAAGAGCUCACACUGGUGAGAAACCUUAUAAAUGUAAGGAAUGUAAAAUGGCCUUUACUUGCAGCACAGAACUGAUUCGACAUCAGAAAGUUCACACGGGUGAGAGACCCCAUAAAUGUAAGGAAUGUGGGAAGGCUUUUAUUCGAAAGUCAGAACUUACUCAUCACGAGAGAAGUCAUAGUGGUGAAAAGCCCUAUAAGUGUAAGGAAUGCGGGAAGGCCUUUGGUCGUGGCUCAGAACUUAAUCGACACCAGAAAAUUCAUACUGGUGAGAAACCUUACAAAUGUAAGCAAUGUGGGAAGGCCUUUAUUCGUGGCUCACACCUUAGUAAACAUCAAAGAAUUCAUACAGGACAGAGGAGUGAAUGAAGACAUGUGGGAAGGCUCAAAAUUUUAUUGAUAUCUGCAAAGUCCUACUAGUUAAACACAAACCUACCGCCUGAUUUUAAGGGAUGUGGGAAAGCAUUUGAAGAUAACUUAAUAUCAGAGUUAAUACUGUGGAUACAAGGCCUUUUUUUGAGGGCCAGAAUUUAUUUGACAUGUUACUGCUAUUUGAUAAAUGUUAGUGGUUGGGAGGGUUCUAUUUAUGUUUCAAAAUUUAUUGGACCAUCAGUGUUCACUUAAUGUAAAAGUGAUAAAACUUCAUGAAUGUGAGGAAAGUGGGAAGGCUUUGGAAGGCAGUUAAUGUGUCAGUGACAGUCCCACAGACAUUUCUCAGCAUCAGGAUCAUUUUUACCCUGUGGGAAAUCAGAGGAUUCUUAAUAUAAAUGUCAUAUAUAUAGCUUAAGUUACUCAUCUGGUAAUUCAUGCUUGGGAAGGGCUAUAGUAAUGUUAAAAAUGCAGCAGGUUAUUCUAUCCCACUCAAAUCUUGUCAAAUAUUUGCAAGCUUAACCUCUAAAAAUAACCUGAACUGAAUCAUAGUGGGACAGGACUUAACCAAUGCUCAGUCUUUACUUGCCUUCACCAUUUUAACUCAUUUCUUAUGGGCAAAUGACCUAACUAGGUCUAAAUUUUCUCACUUAAAAAUUAGCAAUAUUAGCACCAUCUUGUUAGCAUUGUGAAGAUUAAAUAAUUACAUGAUAUCCCUUAGAAUACUGUGUGGCUCAUAUCGAAAGUGUGUUAAAUAAGAGCUGCUUUUAUUACUUUAUUUUUAUACUUGUGGAUGGAGAUCGUAUGAGAGGAAGGCCUUAUGUGUGCAGUGAAUAUAGGAACAUCUAACGUCACCUUUUUAUUGAAUGUCAGGUAAUUCCUUCUGGAGAAAAAUUAAAAACUGAAGUUUUCAUUCUCCUUGCCUUCUUGCUUCACUAGGGGAAAGGAAAUCAAGGCAAAUUACAAUUAGAAAUGAAUGACAGAGGGACAACUACGCAUUAACAUUUGUAGGAUGAAACAAAGCUAUACCCAGGAAAAUAACUUCUUUCAAUAUGGGUAGAAAAUGGGAGAUGAUUAAUGGCCAGGAUUCAUUGUCAGUACUUGGUGCACUGCCUGUUCUAAUAGGUCCCCUGUAAACACACGUUGAAAUCAGAGGAAUGAGGGAGUGAAUAAAUAUUUAUCUCUGGUGUGUAGAAAAGCUCUAACAAAGUAAGUGCAAAGCAAAACAAACCAAAAACCUUGAAAACUUUUGAAAUGGGAAAGUAAAAAACCCUCAAGCAUCAUGAAUGAGAGGAUAUGUAACUACAAAAAUGGAAUUUUAAAGAAAUAAGGCAAUACAGUUGUGGCAGACACUGUUGGUUACCUACCCAUUGGUGUUAGCCAUUUUCCCUUUGCUAGGACUGCCCAUCUGAAGUCUAGCUCUUGCUGUCCUAGUUUGCUUAAUAAUUGGACAUAUAUAUAACAGUCAUGGCCAUAGAAGAUCUGAGCAAAAGUUAUACGCAGCCUUUAUGUUAAAUUUUCUUUCCUAACAAAGUAGGAGGAAAUGGUCCUCUUAUACCCAGGAUGCAUGUCUAUAUGUGUAAUACCUGGAACUGUGGCCAUUUUGCUACCACAUGAGUAAGAGGCCGAGAUUGGCACAGGGGAUAGAUUGGAAUUACCUGCAUCCUUGACAUUGUUGAGCUGAUGAAACAAUGUGGAACUGCCCUGUUCCUGGACUUUGAGUAAAAUGAGAAACUUCAUGCAUAUCAGUUUUAAGUUUAUACUCACUUUUUUAUGAUAUAUCAGAGUCCUAGAAAAAAAUAUUUUCGUAUGUAUAUACACAUAUUUAUUCACCUUUAAUUUAGUAAAUUGGGGAAAUGUUUAUAUUCGGCUUCUUUUUAUGGUAUAUCUGAAAUUGUAGUAAAGCAUUAUUUUCUUAAAUAUUUUUUAGACAUGUAUAUACAUAUAUUCUACUUUGAAUUAGUAAGACAUGGGAAAAUUUUUUUUUACAUUCAGCAUUUUAUAGUGUUUAUAUUCAUCUUUUUAAAGCAUGUCUGAAAUCCUGAAAGAUAUUUUCCUGAAUAAAGAAUCAAUAAACUGAUUCCUCUCAUAUCAGAAUAUCUAACAGAUAAAAUCUUCUAAGUGUUCAAGGUACAAAGAGUCACAGCUGUGAGGCUAGCAUAACGCUUUUAAGAAAUUUGGAGGGGUGCCUGGGUUGCUCAGUUGGUUAGGCAUCCAGCUUCGGGUCAGGUCAUGAUCUCAUGGUUUGGAGUUCAAGCCCCGAGUUGGGCUCUGUGCUGAGAGCUCAGAGCCUGGGAUCUGCUUCAGAUUCUGUGUCUCUCUCUGUCCCUCCCCUGAUCACACUCUGUCUCUCAAAAAUAAAUAAACAUUAAAAAAAAUUUUUUUUUGGAAAAGGAUAACAUUCAAGUCAAAUCACCCAAAAAAAUAAUCCAUUGUACUUACGGUAUGUGAAUAUUAAAAUAAGUUAAAUCUUGCAGCCUAUUAAAGAAAAUAGGGUUGUUGGGGAGUUUUUUUGUCCAGAAUAUGAUUCAUGACUUGAUCUGUCCAGUUAAUUUUUAAGUAAUGUAUAAAUGUAGUGUUUACACAUUGAAAACUAGACCCUAAAAUAACUUUUUCCCAAAGUAGUAACUGAGAAACUAUUAGAGCAUAUGCAUAUUCAGCUGCUGUGAAGUCACUGCAGUUAUCCACUUAAUCAGACCUCAUGGGCUGUGGACACAUUUGGAAUAAUCCCUAGUCGAUUCCACUUACGUCUUGCACUUUAGAAAAUAAUACUUCAAAUAAGUUUAAUGUAAACAUGUAUUAUAUGGUGAAUCAAUUAUAGCUAAAUGUGAGCCCACUGGAGGAGAAUUUAUAAUCAAGCAUUUUUUAUUUUUUUGAGUAUGCUCUAUGCCCAAUGUAGGCUUGAAUUCCAGACCCUAAGAUCAAGAAUCACAUGCUCCACUGACUGAGCCAGCCAGGUGCGCCCAAGCAUUUUUUAAAGGGGAAAUUAUUGCUAAAUUUUAUCUGUACUGGUAUAAUUAUUCCGUAAGUCUCUUCUUGAAAGUUGUACGUACUGUUCUAAGAGGACAAGCUCUGCCCUUAGGAGGAAUUGAAUUAAUAAAGAUAGGCAAAACCAGGCAUGAUCAUGGUACUGGUUUCAUUAUAAUUUCUAAUAUUUUUUGACAUAUUAAGAGACGAUUCUCUUUCAUUUUUUGCCCAUGUAUACACUUUCCUUUUUUCAACACUUGAAAAUUGUAUUCUAAUUUUAUAUAACAAACUAUCAGGGUGCCUGGCUGGCUCAGUCUGAAGGAUAUGCGACUCUUGAUCUUGCAGUCAUGAGUUCGAGCCCCACAUUGGAUGUAGAGAUUAUAAAUAAAUCAACCUAAAAAAAACAAAACAAAACCUAGGAGCGCCUGGGUGGCUCAGUCAGUUGAGCAUCUGAGCAUCUUUUGAUUUCGGCUUGGGUCAUGAUCUCACGGUUUGUAGUUUUGAGCAAGCCAUGUGUCAGGUGACUUUCAGCAUGGUACCUGCUUGGGAUUCUCGGUCUCCCUCUCUGCCUUUCCCCUGCUUGCCCUCUCAAAAAUGGAUAAAUCUUAAAAACAAAAACCCCACGUUCUCUUAAUUGCCAUUACAAAAGCCUUCCAUGCUUUUUGCCAUACUCAAGAAGCAUGCCCACAUCUAAGAAGUUUGCUUUGGUAGUGGUGGUGGUGUGUGUGUAGUGUAGCAUAGUUUAAACGGGAUCAUGCUUACACAUUAAAGUGCAAUCCCCUUUUCUCACUUGGUAACUUACCAUGACUGGGCUUCCUUCCAGUCAGUGCCUACAAGUGUAAGUUUUUAGCUUUUAGACUCCUACAUCAUAAAGACAAAGCAUAAUAAUAUGCAGCCCAAUCUUCCACCAGUUCAGAUUUGUUAUUUUACAAAUAAUUAAUUGUACAAUUUUAUUACACAUGUAUUAUUUCCUGUUGGUGCUUCUGUUGAGUGGAUGGAUUCCCACCAGUUGGAUUGCUUGCUUUACAACAUAGUGUAUUUUAAAUGUAGUAGUUAAUGCCUUAUUUUCUGAAAUUCGCCAUUAAUCUAGAAAUAUAUGCCCAUUCCCAACAACUUCAA